AGUCAUUGCUGCCAGUUGUCAUAAAUACAUUUGUUGACGCAAUGUAUAUCAUAAGAAUUUCAAAAUGGAAAAAUACAAUUGCUAAACUUACGCAGACAAAACUGAAAAUAUUUUAGUUACCAGGCAUUUUAUUGUCUACUUGAAACGAGCAAAACUACUCGCCUUGUAUUACAGAUUAAAAUUUAGUGUGAAGAAAGAAAAGUGAAAAUACCAAAUAUUUUCAUACAUUCAAGAUGACAUUGCCUGGCAUCGGAGUGUUUGGCACAGGGAGUAUCGUUCGAAUUAUUAUACCCUUUCUGAGAGAAAAGGGCUUCAGAAUUGAGGCUAUAUGGGGUCGCACACUGGCGGAAGUCUCAAAAGUGGCAAGCGAUCUUGAAAUACCCUUUCACACUAGUCGCAUAGAUGAUGUUCUUUUGAGGAAGGAUGUAGAUCUAAUUUUUAUAAUGUGCUCACCGAGCUUACAUUCACAGAUCGCUGUUAAAGCGCUAGGUAUAGGAAAACAUGUUGUGUGCGAUAAACCUGCAGGCUUGAGUCAAAGCGAGGCUUUGAAGAUGGUACGAGCUGCACAAUAUUAUCCCUCGCUAAUUAGCAUAGUUAAUCAUAGUUUAAGGUUUUUACCAGCCUUUGUGCAUAUGAAGAAAGCUUUGGAAGAAGGAUAUUUGGGAGGAUCUGUAACAAUUAUAGAAGUAAGAGUACACAUGGGAAGUUUACUUCAUAAUGGAUACGAUUGGCUAUGUGAUGAUACAAUGGGUGGAGGAAUCUUGGCAUUAGUGGGCAGUCACGUUAUAGAUUUGAUCUUUCAUUUGAUGGGUCAACGUGCUUCACGAGUACAUGCUGUUGUAAGAACGUUUACUCAAACGACCAAAUACAUUAAUGGAAUCAGGCAUGUCACAUCACCAGAUUUCUGUAGCUUUCAAAUGGAACUGAGCGGUGGUACCUUGGUAACAGCUACUUUAAGCAAUCAUUUGCAAGGACAGCUUUCUCAAGAAGUGUUAAUAUGCGGCGGUGGAAAUCAUUUGGUUGUGCGUGAUGGAGACUUAUAUGGAUGUCGCAAUGGACAAGAGGAAGUCCUGUAUCGCGAUACAGAUGAUUUACAAGGGAUAUCGUUACCCCUUGCAGAUUCUAUUCCCAGGCCUUAUGUUAAAGGACUUAGAAAAAUGAUCACAGCAUUAAGGGAAGCUUUUCAAUCUGUGGAAGAUAAGAGAGGUUGGAUUAAAGAGCCGGUUUUCUCUGCAUCUACAUUUGAAGAUGGCCUGUAUGUGCAAGCAGUUAUUGAUGCGCUGCGACAAAGCAAUAAACAACGCGAGUGGGCCAAAGUAAACAUUUUAACGGAAGAACCAGACCCAAAUCCUUUAUUAAGCGCUGCUGUCAGAGCUACAGCUAUCUCGAUAUAAGAAUUUGUUUUAUAAAAACUGACUUUCCUUCUGAAAAGUUCUAUACUACUACACAUUGUAGAGACUGUACAUAAAUAAUGUAAUUCUAAAAAAGAACAUUUAAGACAGCUGCAGUAUCAAAUUUUAUAUCUAUUAUUUAAUUAAUUUAUGACUACACUUAUGUAAUUAUACUCUCAUUCUUAUUAUAAGAAAAUCAGUAUAUAAAAAUUUAUCAUAGUGUAUAUAUAUCUAUAUUUUAUGUAUAAAAGUACUUAUAUU